CAGCGCUAAUGAAGUAGUAAUCAGCUUAGCCAUCCCGUUCAGUGUUUCACACAUUCCACUACCAUCCCGCAGGCUUUCCACAAUAUUUUAGCGGAUAAUCCAUUCGGUCUCACGCAACCUUUACACAUUUUUAUCUCCAUCACUCCACACCUUGACCGUUUCGCUGCCUAGCUCAUUGCAUAGUCUGAAAUCAACGCUUCACGACCCGGGCGCAUGUUCACAGCUCAACCCCGGUCUCAAGAUCCAAUUUACAGCAGAGAAACUCAACCAAUAUUCUCAUGAGUACUUUAAAUGAUAUGGAUCACCGCUACAAACAAUUAUCAACGCCUCAGGAUUUAUUCCCUCUACCGGCUGAAGGAACUUGGGAGAAGCUGUCCCAGGUUGCCGUCAAGUGUGCUGAAUAUGACUCCCCCGAACGCCAGCCUCAUCCGAAAUGUUUGGAAGGGACCAGGGUGGGCCUCCUUAACCACAUUCACGGAUUUUUAGACGAUCGAGAGAAGAAUCGACUCAUUUGGCUGCAUGGCACAGCAGGCGUUGGAAAGUCUGCCGUUGCGUUCACUGUAGCUGAGAGGAUGAGAGGUCUCAGUGUCAUUCCAGACCAUGGGACUAACGAAAGGCGGCUCGCUGGAACGUUCUUUUUCUCCCGCAAGCACACCAAACGACGCACGACUGGUUAUUUCUUUGCGACGCUUGCCUAUCAGCUUGCUAGCAAAUUUCCAAGCGUCCGUGAGGACAUGAACAGAGCUAUACACAAGGAUCCCGCUCUUCUAGGCCCCGACAAGUCACUUCGCGAACAGAUGAACGCGCUGUUUCUCCAACCUCUCUGGACACUUCGAUCCAGACUGAGCGAGUCUUUGGUGUUUGUUAUUGACGCCAUUGAUGAGUGCACAUCCGAAACCGAGCUGGCUGAUCUCAUCGCCCUGCUUGGCCAAGCUCUUCGUGAACCUCGUCUCCCCGUGAUCCACAUUUUUCUUACGAGUCGCUUAGAAGCGCAUAUUCGUGAAGCAAUUCAGAAAUUAGAGGUGCAGCUGGUGGACGAGAUACCAAUGGACGUUUCUAGGGCUGGUGUUGCUGCCACCAUCUCGUUAGACGGCACAAAGGUUGACAGUGACAUUUGCAUAUUCUUGCAGCACUCCUUCACAGAGCUUGAAAAUCGCCAUCCCGGUUUCUCGCAGCCACCGAUGGAUCAACUUGCGCAGCUGGCGAGCCGAGCGGGCAGGCGUUUCAUCGUGGCGUCUACGAUGAUGAAGUUCAUCGAUGAUCAAUAUCAUGAUCCCCGCGAUCGGCUUCAGCUCAUGCUCGAGCUAACAAGUGAACUUCUACCGGGAACGGAAGUGUACAAAUUGUACGACCGUAUCCUUGCCACGUGUGCUGACCCCGCUCUGGCAUACAUGCACUUGUCCAUUGUUGCUGCCCUUGCGGACCCUCUCCCUAUGUCACAGAUCUCAAAACUUCUUGGGCCUGGCCAGGGAAGGGAUGUCGAGACGACAUUGGUACAGCUACGAUCCGUCAUGGACAUUCCUACUGACAGCAGUCUCCCCUUGAAUAUCUAUCACUCGUCUGUUCGUGACUAUGUUUCGGACCCUUCAAACUGCAGCCUUCCUCAAGUACAAUACAUUACACCGCCCCAUUCCCUACUCGCACAGUCAUCUUUGCGCUUGAUGAUGCAAGACAUUCCAGAAAGCACGGCCCUCCUUGAUGCUCUCUCAGCAUUGAACCAGCAAAGUCAAGCUAUGCAAUCCCAUGACCCCCAGAGCUUAAAACAGUCGUUAGCCUUUGCCGUCCAGCCGUUGGAGCCAAUGCGAGUUCUUCAAAGCUUGUUAUGGCUACGUGGAGAUCGCGGAUCGGAUUCACAAUUCUGGCUCGAAACCCUGGACGGACGUGCCUGGCUGCAAACCCAGCACGGAAAAGAUUGGCUGCAGACCCAGGGCGGGCAUGCCUGGCUGCAGACUCAGGACGGGUCGGGGUGGCUUCCAACUCAGGACGGGUUAGACUGGUUGCAGACCCAGGGUGGGAGACAUUGGUUGCAGAUCCAAGGCUGGCAAGACUGGCUUCCGACUCAGGACGGACGAGACUGGUUGCUGACCCAGGGCGGACGAGACUGGCUGCAGUCCCAGGACGGACGAAACUGGCUGCAGACACAGGACGGGCGAGACUGGCUGCAGGUACAGGGCGGACGAGAUUGGUUGCAGACUCAGGGUGGGCGAGUAUGGCUGCAGACCGAGAGUGGGAGAGACUGGCUGCAGAUCCCCCGCGGGAGAGAUUGGUUGCAGGCCCCGCCUGGGCGAGCGUGGAUGCAAACUCAGGGGGGGCGAGAAUGGAUGCAGACCCAGGAUGGCCAAAAGUGGCUGCAGGUCCGGAGCGGACAAGAGUGGCUUCAGACUCAGAGCGGGAGAGAGUGGCUGCAGACCGGUAGCGGGCAAGAGUGGAUGCAGAGCUGGAGCGGGCGAGAGUGGCUUCAGUCUCAGCCUGGGCGAACGUGGCUGCAGUCCGAGGUAAGGCCAACGCAGCUGCACAUUCAGGCCAGGCGAGCGUGGCUUCAGACUCAGUAUGCGGAAGCUCGCUGGUUGAGCCAAUUCAAAGAUGUUCAGUGGCGAGGGGAACACGAGUGGCUAGAGUCUGAAGGUGGGCAAGAAUGGCUGCAGACCGAGGAUGGGAAAUCCUGGCUGCAGACGUGUCAUGAUCAAGGACAGCAGUCAACUCCUUCGGCGUCUGUCUGGGUGGCAAUGGAAGAAUUCUUCAGUACGGUGGAAGCCAUCCGUGAGUAUACAACCAUCCCAGAAUUGCCACCGCCGGCUUUUCAAGUGAUCGAGCAGUUCAAGAGCUUGCCCGAUUUCUUGAUGUUUCCAGCAUUUCUGGCGUUAAGGCACCUCGAACAUUCCGCCUCUGCGUUUCCUCAAGAUCGUUCUCUACCAAACAUGAAAAUCGUUCAUGCUAUGGCGGCGUUUGCCGUGGUUGGAAGCGAAGCACGGGAAAGAACUCGGUCAGCUUCAGAGGCUUUGAAGUAUGCAUGUCAGAAUUGGGCCUUCCAUCUCUCGCGAGCUCCGAAUCCAUGGGACGACAGGCUCCACUAUAUAUUCAAUGCUUUCUGGAAUAAUCAUCUCCUCUCCUGGCUGGAAGCGCAGUGGUGUUUGAAGGGGCUGCAACCUUGCCUCGUUGUUUUAUCCGACGGACAGAAAAUUGCAAAGGAACAUCUCAAGGUUCCCAGGUGAUCCCAGUUACGAGUCUGAAGCUGUCGGUUUUAUGUUGAUAUUGAGUCUCUUUCUGCCACGUUUUUCAAGUCGUGUAUAUGUAUUUUUCUCUCAUUCAAGCAUAUUUAACGCUCCCAGGACACGGACGGGCACAAACAUGUAUUGUUUCAUCGUCCCCGUUUCGAUUGCACUGGCGGGAAUGCAGCAUUUUCUCCAUAACUGCUACCAAUAUUCACCACACGCUCAACGGACCACUGUUUUGCUCUCCUGUACACCCUUAGUUCGUCUGUUUGUGUUCCGUGUCCACGCAUAAUGGCAAUGCCCUCUGCACGCGAAUGGAAUAAGAAACAGGUUUGAAAUUUUA